GAGCGGGGCUGUUGUGCGCGCGGGCUACGCCUUAUAUUCUCGUGUCUCUCUACUCUCUUCUUCUUCUUCGUCAUCAUCAUCAUCAUCAUCAUCAUCAUCAUCAUCAUCUUCAUCAUCAUCAUCAUCAUCAUCAUCAUCUUCUUCAUUAUCAUCAUCAUUUUCAUCAUCAUCUUAUCUCUCUCUCUGUAUAUAUACUUUCGAACUAAACUCUCGGUCUUUAACUCGAGCGACUUAACGCAAUGCGUUUUUGAGUAAAAACGAGAGAGAGAGAGGAGAGAAAAAAAAGAUAUAUAUAUACACACACACAUAUAUAUAUACCGAGUGUUUUGAAAGGAGCAGUACAAGAGGAAGAAGAUUCUCGUUUCGUUCCGGACAUCCGAGCUCCUUGCUGCUAGUUUCAUAUAAUAUAUAUACACAUACAUACACGCACAUACAUAUACGUACGUGGCUGUUUACGUGUAUACGUGGAUGCGUUUGUCUCUCUCAUGUGUUCGUCGGCAGUGCGACGAGUAAGACUGGAAGCUUGGAAGUGAUUUUCGUGCCGCGAAAGGGAGGGAGAGAAAGAGCUAUACGAUAUUUCUCUCUCUCUCUCUCUCUCUCUCUCUCUCUCUCUCUCUCUAUUUCUCUCAUACACACAUUUGCUCGCUCUGUCACUCCCUCUCUCUUCCUCUGUCUAUAUCUCUCUCUUUCUCUCUUUCCGAGUCCCUGUUCUCUUUCCAUCCUCUUCUAGCGGUCCGUCAGACCCGAUUUUUUGGGUGGGGGUAAGGCCCACCGUCGCGCGCGCACGUGCGUCCCACCGUUGCGCUGCCUCUCCCGUGUUUUCUUCUUACAGCGCUUCCGACUUGUUCUCCCUCUCCUCGUCCAUCCUUCCCUCUCCCACUCUCUCUUUCUCUCUCUCUCUCUCUAUCUCUCUCUCUCUCUCUCUAUCUCUCUGUCGCUCCGGAUCGUCCCCUUUUCGGAGUAACGUCCUCCGGGAGUGUGACGCGCGCUGUGUGACGGGAGGGUGGCCAACAUCGAACGUGCUGGAUCCUACUCGUGCUCCGAAGUGGCUUGUGUACAUUGAAGAUCAUUCCUGUAGAUUUUUCUUUGAGGAAAUAACGGACAUAAGAGGAAGAAGAAGUAGUAGUAGAGGUAGUCCGUCGGACGAGUGGAAGAGAACGCGAGGAUAAACGAGGGAAGAAGAGAGGAAGGAAGAAGUGGAGGAGCAAGAAGGGGAAGAGGAGAGAGAAGAAGAGGAUAAAUAGAAGCAGCAAAGAUCACCGGCCGUAAACACGCAUGAGGGUCUCAUGGCUACCGGAUUGGUGAAGUGGUGGCGAGCAAGGUUCCUUGCGGGCUACAAACCUUUUUCUGUCGUCGGAGGGAAUACCGAGGGCAGCGAUUCGGAGGAACUGUUAGGGAGCGUCGCGACGCCCUGCACCGGUUCACCCCCGCUACCAGCGGAAUCGCCACAGGUUACGGUCGAUGGAACUGCCAGUCCGGCACCACCAGCUCCAGGAAAUGACGAACGGCCUACCAGCAGUACGACGAAACAGCUCAGCUUCGAGGAAUUCGAGUGCGACGUAUCGGUUGCGGAGGGUGAUCGAAGGAGGCAAGAGUUUUCAUUUACGCUCUACGACUUCGACGGGCAUGGAAAGAUAACGAAGGACGAUAUAGCCGGUCUGGUUACAACCAUUUACGACACUCUUGGUAGGUCCAUCCAAGUGCCACCGUGCGGCAGUAAAACGAUUAAGGUCAAGCUGACUGUAUCGCCUGAUCAGCGUGCCGGACAAACGCGUACCACCUGCCCGAAUUCUCAGCAAGGGCCAACGACAACGACCACUACGACGACGACAACUACCACGAGUCUGCCGGCUAAUUCGCCUUGCUGCCACGUCAAGCACGCGGCCUCGUGUACCGGUGGUAGUCAUCAUCAUCACUCGACGACAACUCAGACGCAUGCCACUCAUGGCUCGCGCAAAGUUCCUAGAAGGAGAAGACCGAUUCGGCAUCGAUGUCAGACGCAACAAAGAGAAGCAGAGACGCACAGCGAGGACGACGCCGAGAACACGCGAAGCAGCCGCGUGAAACAGGAAGAACUCCGUAGGAGGGUCGGCCCUGUUCCUCAUUUACCAUCGCCUUAUUCGAACAGUUCGGAGGGUGAUGUCAGCGACGACAGCGAUACUUCGCCCGCUUUUUCUCCCUUCACGCCCUUACUCAGCACGAAUCAACGAAAACGUAGCGGCGCACUUCAGAGGCAACAACUGUUAGAAAUUAUACAGGCAAACAUGGAAAAGAACAAUCUCAGUUUUCAUACACCGAGGAAACGACAUCAAAACGAACAUGUACGCGUUCCAUCUCGAAGCCCACAUGUCGAGCCAACGAACGUUCAAACAUCGAAUUACAAUCAAAGCUGUCGACCACCCUCGGAGUCUCGACAAUCGACGACGACUUAUCACAAACCGGUUCGGGAAAACUCCCAUCACACGGUUGCAUUUUCCAAAUUACCAACGAAAACGCGAGGGAACUUGAGAAAGACGCGGGGGCAACACGGUAUCCAACAACAACAACAGCAGCAGCAACAACAACAACAACAACAACAGCAACAACAACAACAACAACAGCAGCAGCAGCAACAACAGCAGCAGCAACAACGUAACGCAACGUUGAUAAUAACGACGGGAGGAACAACGACAGUUGCUGCACCAACAACGACUACGACGACUACAACGACGCAAUUGUCAAAAUCGUUGGGACAUCAACAACAACAACAACAACAACAACAACAACAACAACCACAACAACCACAACAGCAACAACAUAUUAUUAUUCAACAGCAAGGACAACAACAACAGCAACAGCAGCAGUUGUCAGCUGUUCGCAACAUCAUCGGUCCCACGAUAAACAACGAAACUCAACAUUUGUUAGGAAAUCGCAACAUCGUCAAUCUUAUACCAAAUAACAAUCAACAGGGUCAAAUUAUAAAUCAAAGUCCGAUGAUAAAUAAUCACAAUGUUCAGAGGCAAACGACAACAACAGUGGAUCCAAGCCAAUACAUUCAAUCACAAUCUCAAUGCGGUAAAGCUAGCAAGAAGCAUCAAUUGAAACACGCUACAAGAGAACAGGAUCAAGCUAGAGCAAUGGCGCAAGUCGUUCGCUGGCUCGAACGCGAAUUUUCUCAAAACGCUGCCGCUGCUACUACCGGAAGGAGACACGUUCACGAGCAUAUUCAUCAUCAUUAUCAUCACUAUCACGCUGAGGCUCUCGUUUGAUCGUCUUUUUCCGAGGAGACAUCACCCUUGUCGUUAUCAGUGUCGUUGUCGUUGUCGUCGUUGCUGUCGAUGAUGCAUGUUACGCACAACUUUGCCUUUCUUUCUUUUCAGUAUGACACGGAAGGAGAAUGCUCUGAAAUGCGCGCACCGACGAUUUUUGUUCGCAAACGAAAUGUCGGACGAAAGAAUCGAUUUUCUGGGUCGCUCUUCUUCUUUCUUCCAUCUAUUCCUAUUUUUUGCGAGAUAGUUUCUUUUUUACUUUUCUUUCUUUCUUUUUUUUUUUUUUUACAAAUUGUACAUGCACGUCGUUUCUCUGAAAGACUGACUGCUGCUAUAGGAUCGGACUGAAGAUUGAAAUUCUUUAGGAUCGUAGUGAAUAAUGAAUUAUUGGAAUUCUUGACGAACCUUUGAGAAAAAAGAUAUUUUUAUCUUUCUUUUUUUCAGGAUAUUCUUACAUCGAUGUUGCAGUUGUUUAACAGCAAAAAAUGUUUGUUAGAAUGGGACCGUGUAAAGGGAGAAGAUAUUUUUUGAUCGAUAUGAUCGUAAAUAUCAUUGACGAAAUUGACUCCGAAAAAAGUAGUAGAUACGAUUCACUCGCGAUUAUAACGCAUUAUUCUCGAAUCUCAACGCGCGAAUUCAAAUGGAGUAAAUUAAAUUAAAUUAAAUUAAAUUAAAUUAAAUUAAAUUAAAUUAAGUUAAAUUAAGUUAAAUUAAAAUUAAAUUAAAUUAAAUUAAAUUAAAUUAAAUUAAAUAACGAGUAGCUGAAAAAUCUCAAGCACGCCUAGGAUCCACUCUAUUAAUGGUGCUUCUUUGUUUUAGCUUAAAACGAAUGGUCGUUCCGUAUUUUUUUAUUGGCCUACGAUUAAUAAUUAAUAACAAGAGCCUAUUUUAGAACGUUAAAAAUGAAUUAUGAUGUUAGAUUUUUAUUAACGAACGUAAUCCAUUGAUUAAUGCAAUACGCAAAGUCCGAAAAAUAAAGUAAUUGCGCCAAGUUUCUUCUUUCGAUUUUUCUUUUUCUUUUUUUAUAUUUUUGUGCACUAAACAAUUGGAAAAAAGACGCGAAUUUUACCGCGUUUAAAAAUUCGUACGCGUAAUAAUGAACAAUCGAUCGAACGAAUACGCUUCGUAUAAUCAACCAAGUAACUGAUGUUGUAAAUACGUGCAUGUAAUCUUAUGUUAAAAAAGAAAAAAAAAAGAAAAAAAAGAAGAAAAGAAAAUGAAAAAAAAACAGGUUUUUUCCUGCGCAUAUUAAGAUUAAAUAAAAGAUCUCAGGCGCUACGUUUUAUUAAAAAAAUAUAUAUAUAUAUCAUCUAAAAAAUUAUGAAGUACGAUAUAUAUACAUACAUAUAGAAUGCUUUAAAAUUCUUGACAAUAUUUCGUAGACAAGUAUCGCGCUGUAAAAGCGACUCUUUAUAUAAAUAAGAACUUUAUUUCGAAAUACGUAAGAGUUUUAGCUAGAUCACGUUCCACAAUGGAUUACGUAUAAAUUAUGAAGCAAAAUUAUAUAUUUUCAAUCGAAUGACCCGAUAUAUUCUAUGAGCUUAGAAAAAAAAAAAAAAAACUGGAAGAACACAAGAGGUAUUUGCGGGAAAAUGUUUAAACGAGAAGGGGAAAAAAUAAUUUUAUUCUUUCUUCUCUAGCAAAAGAAAUUUUUAUGUACAGUGAUUGUCUUUAAAAAAAAAAAAAAAAAAAAAAAAUGAAAGAAACAAAAAUUAUAAUAAUAAUAAUUGUCAA